AUGGAAGUUCUUUUAGGAAAAGUAAAAAAGAUUCCCCCUGCUAAAGGCAAAAAGAAAAUUGCUUUGGAUCCAGCACCAAAUUUUGAUUGCCACAUGUCUACAGUUCAUCCUUCAGUUAAAGACUUAUUGGAGAAUCAGGCCCUGGGUUCUUUGGUAUAUUUAUAUGAAUAUAACGAACUUGCAAAACCUGUGGACAGGCCUAGACAAUGUCUUCCAUAUGCAGUAGUAAAACUUAAAUGUGUGAAUCUGAGGAAGUGUGCUGGCUUCACUUUAACAUCUUUGAAAGGUCGACCUAAAGGGUUGCCUAAGCGUGUGGAAAGAGAUCUCCCGCUGGAGAACUGUACACGUGUAACCAGGAUAGGUAAAAGUCAGCUUAUCUAUGAACAUUUCAGAAAGCCCAUAGAGAGCUGUACACCUGAAAUGGAUGCCUCUAUAGAUAUUAGAAACUGCCAUAUAGAUAAAGAAAAGCUCUUGGAGAUUCAUAAAGGAGUUUCUCCUGAUAGUGGCUUAAGUAUUGUAACUACUUCAAAAUCGAUCAAGGAUCCAAGAUUAGCCAGGAGGCAACAAAUAUUGGAGAAACAAAAUGGAGAAGCAGCCUCCCAUGAGAGUUUAACGUAUGAAAAGAAGCUUGAUUGCAAUCUGGAAAUGCAAAUGUCUGCUGCUCUUGGUAUACCGUACAUUUUACCUGCAACGUCUCUUCUGUUUGAUUCCAGUCUUGUCUCUGGUCAGAGGCAGUGUAUGGAGAAAACAACAUGGAAGGAAUGUACUCCAGAAGAAUGUUUACCAUCACCUCUGUUAAAUCAUGAGCAGUGGUUAGGUAAUAUAGAAAAAGAAAUUUUGGGCUGGCAGAACACUUAUACCAGUCUUGCUUUGGAAACGUAUCUAGAUAACCAUUAUUUCAAAUCCAUAGACAGCCAACAUUCAGUAACAGUAAUGGGGGGAAAUCUCCAAGAACAAAAAGAAAUGCAAUACUCAGAGCUAUUCUCAUCACAACUCAACCCUUAUCAAACAGUGGGUAAUGUCUGGAUACCUCAGGAUUCUCAUCCAAGUAGCAAAGAACACGAAUGUAUAAUUGAACCAUUUUUUAAUUAUUAUGAUAAUGAUCAAUAUAUGUACAGAAAAAACCGUGAAAAUAUAACAUCUCGUAACGAUGAGACUGAUGGUAGAGAAGAAGUGAGGAGCUGGUUAUGUGACGGCAAUGAAGAUAAUGACGAUGACAAUUACACUUCUGAAAAACAUUGCUCAGCUGCGCUUGAUGCAAAAUAUUUCAUGAACAGUUGUACUUUAUCAGAAGGAGAACACAGCAUUAAAUUUUGUAAUCUCCAAGAUAAUACAUUACAGUCUGGAAAAAUUCCUUUCUCUGAAAAUGCUUUGAGAGACGUAUGUACUGAAGAUCAGUAUAUCUUUGAAAGGUCUGUAGUUGAAAUGAGUACAGAGUAUUUAGAACAAAAUGAGCUUGAAGCAGUUAAACAAUCUGAAAAGUCUGGUAUACUCGAAGUUCAUAACAAGAUUGAACAAAUAGAUUCAGUAUCUGAAACCACAAAACCAACAGUAGCUGAAAAGAAAGAACAUAUAGUAAAGGAAUUAAAAGAGAAUUCUGUUGAAGAAAGAAUUGACAAUACAGAUUUUACAGGUUUUUCAAAUGCAAAUCCUGAAAUGUUCGACACAGGUAUUUUUGGUAGAGAAAAUAUUCCAGAAAUAUGUGAGCAAGCUUUAGAAAUUAAAUAUAGGGAUGUCCAAGAUUUUAAAAUUAUUUGUGAGAUGGAUGAUGCAUUGAAAGGGCAUAAGAAAUGUCUCUCGGGACCACUAAAGUUAUGUGAUCAUAAAAACUUAGCUGAUGAAGAAGGAAUAUACGUUUAUUUACAAAAGCGUAUGGAUUGGGAUAGUGCAAACACAGAAGUUCCAGGAAACCCUUCUGGGAAUGAGAAUGUAAAUGAACAUUUACCUAGAGAAAAACCUGUUUUAGAAGACAUGGAAACCGACUCGUUUAAUACAUUUGUGUAUCCUGAUUUAGAAAUUUCAGUGACCACCUUAUUCCAGUCAGAAUCGAAGAAAGAAGUUGGGAAACGUGCAUCUAAAUAUUCAGGACUAAAAAAGAGUAUUAAAUCGUUGCAAGGCAAAACAUUGGAGAAAUGUACAGAAGUUCAGAAAAAUUGUAAACCUUGUCACACCAAAGAAGAAUGCUCAUCAGCAACAUUUUCUUCGUUGUCAAAGGGACAAUUUAAAAAAACUGUGCAGUCUGAAAAGCGCAUUAAGAAUACUUUUAAUACACAUAACAGGGAAGUAUUACUGUGUAAAAACAGACGUCUUUCCAAAAAGAUAGGUGGAGCAUUAUUCCACUUGAGAAAAGCUCGAAGGAGAGUUCAGUCUUUAAAAAUUGGAGCAAAAACCAGAAAGAAAAAGUCAAACAUCUCAUUAUCACACAUUAACAAAAUGGUACACAAUGGAUCAUUGCCUUCAGGUUCCUUUGCAGCUUCUGAUUGCCUUUCAGAUAUGCCUUGUAGAAGUGACAGUGUGACAAAUACAGCAAUAAGAGAAGCUGAAGUAGUCUCUGAUACGCCUACCCCUAAUAAGGCGAGUUCUAAUUCAUUGAGUAAUGAAUCCACUCUGAGUGAUGAGCAAAAUUCUGUAAAUUUCACUUCUAGCAAUAUCGUAGAAGACACAAAUCAAAACUUGAGCUUUGAAAAUAAUCUCUCUGCAACCCAAAAUACUGCAAACCAUUUGAACCUGUCUGUUAUAGGAAACGAACUAGUCUCUCAUGUAGACAAAAAUAAAGUUGAAGUAAUUUCUAAUAGGAAUAUGGAUAUAGUUAGCCUUGCCACAACAUCUCAUACUGCUUUAGAAUCCUCUGCCAAGGAAGAUGUUUUUAAACCAGGUGAUACUUCUAAGCUAUCUCCCAAUUUUCUGAUGCUAGAAAAUGUUGGCGAUGAAAAACGAAUUAUGGAAAUGUGCCCAGUAGAAGAAAACGAAUACACAAGUAUUAUUGCAGAGAGAUACUUUCUUUUACCAGCAAAACAGAAGCAUGAUGCCGGCCAAGUUCAGUUAACUCCUCAAAUACAUGAUGUUGGAUUAGUGCAUUUGAAUACAAGGUCCAAUGAUUCAUCAAACAAAAUUUUAGAGAAGAGCUCUGAAAGGCUCGUAGUAGAAUCUUUCACUGGACAGGAGCAAGAGGCAAAUUUUCAUAUGGAAAAUAUGUUUUUAAAACCAGAAGAUUCUUGCCCCAGUGAACUAAGCAGAAAAGCUGAAUGGGAAUUCUGUGCCGCUGAGUACAAUAGAUGUAGAAAAUCUGACAUAAUGACAAAAUCUGUGAACCAACCAGAAAAUAAUUUUGAGGUGGUUUGUCCCAGUGGUUAUUUAGAAUCUCCUGUAUCCUUGGAAGAUAAUAAAUUAUCCCACUCAUCUUCCAAUUACGCUUUCCAGGGAUGUGAAGACGUAGGAAUAGCUUUCUUGGAAACCAAAGAACAUUUUUCAGAUCCAAAGCAAUGUGUCAUCAAUGACAUUCUAGUGAAGCCAUUAAUGAAUAUGAGUUUAGACCAAAAACACUUGCCACAUACAACUUAUAGCACAUCGUGUCAGGAAACCACCUGCGGUCAACCCAGUACCAGCUUGUUAGCGAGGACUUUUUCAGAAGAGCAUGUUGAAUCUAUUACUGCAACCUCCCCUUCAGCUUCUGCCUAUUAUGAUGUCAUUACAACUAAAACAAAGCAAAUGUUUACAUCUUCUAUGACUAGGCCUAAUGAAAAUUAUAUUUCUGUUGGACUUCCCAACAGCAACACAGACCUUGGUAGUGACUAUACAUAUCUUGCGAAAAGCAGAUGA